AUGGCAUCCACGGACGCUAGCGAGCACUGCCGCCUUGUGGUCCUCUGCUCCGGAUCGGGUACUAACCUUCAGGCCGUCAUUGACGCCAUUGCAGCCGGCACGAUCCCCAACAGCAAGAUCAAGAGGGUCAUCGUCAACAGGAAGAACGCCUUCGCGGUCCAGAGGGCGGAGAAGGCGGGCAUCCCCACCACAUACUUCAACCAAGUCUCGGGGGGCUUCACGCAAAAGGGCGAGAAGGACGAAACUAAGCUGAAGGAGGGCCGCGCCCGCUACGACGCGGCGUUGGCCGAAAUUGUUCUCCAGGACAAGCCGGAUCUCAUCGUUCUGGCCGGAUGGAUGGCCAUCUUCACGUCGAGCUUCCUGCGGCCUCUUGACGCAGCUGGUGUUCCCGUCAUCAACCUGCAUCCCGCGCUACCCGGCGCUUAUGACGGUGCCAACGCCAUCGGCAGGGCAUACGACGACUUCAAGGCCGGCAAAUUGAAGAACAACUGCACCGGGGCUAUGAUUCACUACGUCAUCGAGGCCGUAGACAGAGGAGAGCCUAUUCUGGUCGAGGAGGUUGAGGUCCGCGAAAGCGACAGCUUGGCAGACCUGGAAGAACGCAUGCACAGCGUUGAGCACCAGAUCAUUGUGAAAGCCACGGCCAAGGUCGUUCAGGAGAUCCUAGCCAAGAAGAAGCAGCAUUGA